UGUGGUGAGAGAUGAACAAAAAACAGAAACAGACACAGCGAGGGUAGGAGAGGAGGGAGAGGGACAGGUGAAUCAGUGGAAUUAAAAAAAAAUUACAGGUGGACUGAAGACAAAGCAGUGUUAUUGCAGCUGUUGCUGACUGCUCCCACCAGUUGGCAGAAGGAAACCCAGAAGAGAGAGGAGGACAUUACAACACAGAGAGAAAAAGACAGAAAGAGAGAAAGAAAGAUGGCAGAGGCCCCGAAGAUUGAACUCUUCGUUAAGGCCAGUGUGGAUGCUGAGAGUGUGGGGAACUGCCCUUUCUGUCAGAGACUCUUCAUGAUUCUUUGGUUAAAAGGGGUCAACUUUACCCUGACCACUGUGGACAUGAGGAGGGCACCUGAUGUGCUGAAGGCCUUGGCUCCAGGCUCUCAACCUCCCUUCCUCCUCUACAAUGAUGAGGUCAAAACGGACACCAACAAGAUUGAGGAGUUCCUGGAGGAGACUUUGGCACCACCACAGUAUCCAAAGUUGUGCUGUCGAUACAAAGAGUCCAACGGUGCCGGAGAAGACAUCUUCCGACAGUUCUCAGCAUACAUAAAGAAUCCUAACCCCGCACUGAAUGAUAAGCUAGAGAAGAAAUUUCUGGCAACUCUGGUGAAGCUGAACAUGUACCUAGAGACGCUUCUCCCUCAUGAGCUGGACCAGUGCCCGAAUGCCACUGAGUCCUCACGCCUCUACCUGGAUGGUGACACGCUCACCUUGGCAGACUGUAACUUGCUUCCCAAACUCAACAUUGUCAAGGUGGUGUGUAAGGAGUACCGUGACUUUGACAUCCCUGCAGAGCUGAAAGGUUUGACACGUUACCUAAACAAUGCCUACAAACAAGACGAGUUUCGCUACACCUGCCCAAAUGACUCAGAGAUCCUCCUUGCCUACAAAUCUGUGGCCAAGUACCUGAACAAGUAGAUCAAGAGGGAGAGAUGAAGGAGGAUAGGUGAGAACAAAGGAGAGUUGAAUGAAAAUGCCAAGAACAACAGAGAAAAAGCCACAAAACGCCUUAACGGUUCAUUUAUGUUUUUUUGUGUCAGAUAGUAUGAGGAUAAUGAAAAUAAUUUGCAAUGACAUGUUCAGUAAUUAGCUUUCUAAAAAAAAGUAUUGUUACUUCAAAGUUGCUUAAAAUGUGUAUUUGUAUAAUUGCUGUAUGUACUAUUGCAUGCUCAUGUUCUUCUUGUACUGAUGUGGAUUUCUUAUUCAGCCCCUGCUAGAGAGAGAAAGCACUGUAAAUCCCACAGAGUAUUUAUGUUUUGUCUCAUUGUGCAUGCAUGUAUGUAUUGUAUCUAAGUCUUUACUUAGUAUUGAUUGCAGAUAAUUCAUUGCAUUUUUACGUGAAUCAAGAAAAACAGAAACUAAAUUCAUGUUUCUUUACGCAUUCAGAAAGUUAAAAACAAAUGGCAAUGGAUAAGCCAGGCGCGGUCCUUUUGCUUUAAGUUUUUAAACUUACAAAUAAUGUUUUUUUUCACCAUGACAGAGGGUAUAGAGGAAUGGGUAUAGAGGAAUAGAUGUGCACACACAGCUUUUGGAGCUAUUCAAAGAGAAUAAUGAACAAGAGUAUAUAUAAAAUUAAAGAAAAAUGAUUAGAAGCAAUAUAUUAUACAUUUUUAAUUGAAUCUAAUUCUGUACAUAUUGUAUGUCUACAAGUGUAUGUCUGUGCAUUUUACCACUUUUCUGGAUCUUGUAGAAAUUGUUUCCAUGUCUGUCCAUCCCCAGAAAUAAAAAAAUAAUAAUUUAAUACAAAUUAAAGUGUCAGAAAAGGA